UGUGGCCAGAUGUCACAACUGCAUAAUGAGAUAUACUAGAAAAAAGGAAAAUAAUAAUACAACACAGUACACAUAAAUAAACAAAAACAACAGUGAGAAAUGUAAAUAAACGAGAUCAGGCCAUAUUAAAAGUGUAUAAAUAACUACUGGCCAAAAGCGACUUAAGGUUAGUGAAGGCAAAACCGAACAUCGAAAACGAAGCAAAGAAAGAUAAAAGAAAAACAGUUGUGUUGUGUGCACAAAAAGGAGGCGACGCCCGCGUUGCAGCUGCAACAUGGACGACUACGACAUUGAUAUCGAUUUGAACUUUGUGCAGCUGAGUAGCCGGCAGCAGCUGCUGCAACGCUACACGAACGCUAUGCAUCAACUGCGUCGCUUGGCCGAAAUUAAUUACGGGGUGCGUCCGUUGAGCUUCGACAACUAUGUGAUCUUUCAGUAUUUCCAGCAGCGCAGUCAAGUAACAACGACUCGGACGAGGGGGCGCAACACGCCCACAACGCCACCGUUGAUGGCCUACCUUAAGCUGGAGGUGCUGCAUCAUUUGCUCGACCGGCGACGCAAGAUCCUCUGUUGGCUCUUCUAUCUGACACUGAUGUCGUUGUGCGUCGUCGCUUAUCGUUAUGAGAGUGCCACUGGUGCAAACAAUGGACGCAUGAUGCAAUCCCUUGUGUAUCCCGGCAUGCGAAUGUGGCGUCGCAUGACCAUGCCACUAAUCCAACGCUUUCCCCGUCUCACCGAACUGUAUGACGAGUCCUGCCUCAUGGGCAAUCCGUUCUUUCAGCUGGAGGAUCUCAAUUGUGGCCCCUGCGCUAAUGUCGAAAGCGUGUGGCUCGAAAGUGAUGAGUGCGCUCAACUCUAUGCCCACGUGGAGGCGGGCAAUGCCACAUUGACGAGCGGCCUCGGCUACAAGCAGCUGGCACAGCAGCUGCAGCUUUGUCGCAAGCCCGCGGAACACAUGCCAUACACGUUUCGCAGCAAUCAGCAUGGCUUUGAUCUGCUGGAGUUUCAACGCAUCUAUGCUAACAAUUUGCAGAUCUUUCAGCGCGAUGCGUAUCGUGUGCAUUCCACCAGCCAGGGCGUUCACAAUCUGGAGGAUUUGUUCGGUCAGUUCAACAGCAGCAGCAGCGGCAGCAGUAGUCACGAUCAGGAUGCCACGCAUAAUCUAUGGCGCUGCAAUCGCAUGCUGCCCGCUCGACUGUUGCGUCCGAUCUUUGCCAGGCCGCUGCGUUUGCCCAGCAUGGGCGUCGCCCUCGAACGCUUUGUGGCCAUCGAUACGUCGCAUGCACCGGCAUAUACGCUGCCCGAGACCGCGUGCCAUAAUGUGUAUGUACAGCAGGCGCUAGGCACACGUUUCAUCAUACUGCGGCCGACUAGCGAGUGUCGUCAACGCUGUCGCACGCUGUCCAUACGCCUCACGCAGUCCUUUGUGCUCAAUUACAAUUGGUUGUAUUGGAAGCCAAUCUCAGCACCUGAUCCCAUCUCGGAGUCCAUGUCCAUCAGCCUGAUUGGUUCCUAUUGCUAAGCUGCCCGCAAGAUCCUCUCUGGAAAUACUAUAUUUGAACCGCGCGUUACGAAUUUCUCUU